UCUAACAAGAACCAAGAAUAAUAAGAACUGUAAAAAGCUGCAGGGGGGUUCAGGCUGGGGCAGGUCCAGCUCUCACCCCCAGCUCCUUCUCCAGCGCUGCUCCCUCUGCUCAUGCCCAGCCUGGAUUGAUCCCGGCGGCUCCCCUGACGCAGUGCAGCUCCAGCACUCGCCCUUUUCCCACAGAAUCAGUUCCGAGGAGCAGUUUACCCCGCGUUUUCGCUCCGCUCGGGCCGCAGGGCGGGCUCUGCCCUCACGGCUCCGCCCGCCGCUCCCGCCUCACGCCGCAGGGAGGUGCCCCGCAGCGGGGAUGUCUCUGGAGAUCACCUUCCUGGGCACGGGCGCCGCCUUCCCGUCGCCGUCCCGCGGAGCCUCGGCCAUGGUGCUGCGCAGGGAAGGGCAGUGCUGGCUCUUCGACUGCGGCGAGGGCACGCAGACACAGCUCAUGAGGAGCCACCUCCGGGCAGCCAGAAUUACCAAGAUCUUCAUCACCCAUCUUCACGGCGACCACAUUUUUGGGCUUCCUGGGCUGCUGUGCACGCUGAGCCUGCAGAGUAACCCCGAAGCCAGCAAAGCCCCCGUGGAUAUUUAUGGGCCCCUGGGGCUGAGGAGCUUCCUCUGGAGGAGCCUGGAGCUGUCCCACUCCCAGCUGCUCUUCCCCAUCACCGUCCACGAGCUCGUCCCCACGCCGGACCAGUGCCCCCCGGAGGAAUUCAGGGACUUUUCCGGCCUGGACGGGGGCGAGGGGCUGGCCCAGGGGCCUCCAGGGAGAGUGCUGCGCCUGGAUCCGGGAGAGGACUCGUUCCUGCUGGUGGAGGAGGAGCAGCUGGUGGUGCGAGCGUUCCGCCUCUUCCACCGCGUGCCCUCCUUCGGCUUCGUGCUGGAGGAGAGGCCCCGGCCCGGGAGGCUCGACGUGCAGAAGCUCAGGGAGCUCGGAGUCCCGCCGGGUCCCGCCUACGGCCGGCUGAAGAGCGGCGCGCCCGUGGCGCUGCGGGGCGGCGGCUCGGUGUGUCCCGGGGACGUGCUGGGCGCCCCGGUCCCCGGCAGGAAGGUGUGCGUGCUGGGCGACUGCUCGGCGGCGGCGGGGGCCGAGCGGCUGUGCCGCGGCGCCGACCUGCUGGUGCACGAGGCCACGCUGGGCGACGGGCAGCGCGACCGGGCGCGGCGGCGCGGCCACAGCACGCCGGGCUCCGCCGCUGAGCUGGCCCGCCGCUGCGGGGCCCGCCGGCUGGUGCUCACCCACUUCAGCCAGCGCUACCGGCCCGCCGCCAGCGGCGACGGCGACAGCCACGUCGCCGAGCUCAGGAGGCAGGCUGAGGCUGUGCUGGGCGGCCCGGAGGUGACGCUGGCUGAGGACUUCAUGACCAUAGAGAUCCCCCUGAAAAAGUGACAGAAGAGUUUGUGAUCAGAGAGAUCCCCCUGAAAAAGUGACAGAAGAGGACUUCAUGACCAUAGAGAUACCCCUGAAAAAGUGACAGAAGAGUUUGUGACCAGAGAGAUCCCCUUGAAAAAGUGACAGAAGAGUUUGUGGCCAGAGAGAUCCCCCUGAAAAAGUGACAGGAAUUUGUGAUCAGAGAGAUCCCCCUGAAAAAGUGACAGAAGAGUUUGUGACCACAGAGAUCCCCCUGAAAAAGUGACAGAAGAGGAGUUUGUGACCAGAGAGAUCCCCUUGAAAAAGUGACAGAAGAGUUUGUGACCACAGAGAUACCAAAGAAAAAGUGACAGAAGAGUUUGUGACCAGAGAGAUCCCCCUGAAAAAGUGACAGGAGUUCGUGACCAGAGAGAUCCCCUUGAAAAAGUGACAGGAGAGGAGUUUGUGAUCACAGAGAUACCAAUGAAAAAGUGAAAAAUGAGGAGUUAAUGAGCACAGAGAUGCCAGAGAAAAAGUGACAGCUGAGGAGUUCAUGGCCACAGAGAUCCCGAUGAAAAAGUGAAAAUUGAGAGUUUGUGACCUCAGAGAUCCUGAUGAAAUAGUGAAAAUUGAGGAAUUCAUGGCCACAGAGAUCCCAAUGAAAAAGUGAGAACUCAGGACUUUGUGAACACAGAGAUCCCAAAGAAAAAGUGAAAACUCAGGAAUUCAUGACCAUAGAGAUCCCAAUAAAAAAGUGAAAAUUGAGGAGUUUGUGACCACAGAGAUACCAAUGAAAAAGUGAAAACUGAGAAAUUCAUGACCAUAGAGAUCCCAAUGCAAAAGUGAAAAUUGAGGAAUCCAUGGCCAUGGGGAUCUCCAUGAAAAAGUGAAAACUCAGGAAUUCGUGGCCACAGAGAUCCCGAUGCAGAAGUGAGAACUGAGCCCUGGGAACUCUGCUGGUGUUUGAACCGGGGGUGUUGCUGUGCUCAGGUGCAGAGCUCUUCUCAUCCCCCUCCUGCAUACAAAGCUUUCUCAUAAAU